AUGUGGACGGGCCUUUAUAGGUGCGCCUUGAAUUCGCCUCGAAUUUAUGUUUGAAUUCGCCUUAGUAAACAAAUAAAAAAACAGCUGUUUCUCAAACGAUAUGAGUUUUGCAAAUAGCAGCACAAACUACUGUCCCCGUUGUGGAAUUCUUGUUACAGAGAAUGCGAAUCGAUUGGUCACUGAUAGCUGUGGUCACCGAAAAUGUCGCCAAUGUCUACUUGCUGAUGAUGAGUGCAUGGAAUGUCAACUGCAACAGCGCAAUGAUUUAAACAAUAUAACAAGCCAUUCUAUUGACGCCGAUAUAGUAACAGAGGCAGAAGCUGCUCCAGUGGAGAAAAAUGACAUUGUAGUUAAGACUUCCAAAAAGAAAGGCAGAAAAACGGUCGCCCUGCCAGCGCAUAUUCGUCAGGAAGAAAAUGAUUCGAACUCUGGUGUGCACUACCAUUGUACAAAAUGCGACAGAAAAUUUACCAGUCGCUCACAGCAAUAUUACCAUUUAACAUGUGGUAGUAAUGCUUCUAAGAAGUACAAGUGCCUGCAAUGUGAUAAGGCUUUUGCUACGAGUUCUCAUUUUAAUUAUCAUAUGGAAACGCAUGCAGAGCAUACAUACUUUUGUAAAGAAUGCAACAAGUCUUUCACGAAUCGGAUGGUGCUGCGGAAGCAUGAAAAACUUCAUUAUACUGCACCAUUAAAGUGCAGUGAAUGCAAUAAAGAAUUUCGUAGCAAAGAAUCUUUGACCGCCCACAUCAGGAAACUACACGAUGAUAAAGAUUUGCCUUACAAGUGUAAAGAGUGUCAGAAAAGCUAUGCUUUGAAGGCUACUUUAAAACAACACAUCCAAAAGCACUUUGAUAAAAGAUUUAAAUGUCAAUACUGUGAUAAACGAUUUCAACGCAACUAUACACUUAAAUUACACCUAAAAAAACAUACAAAGACUGAUUGUUUUAUUUGUGGCAUUUGCAUGCAUAAAUUCAGUGAUUCAGCAGUUUUGCUGCGUCAUGUAAAACUUCAUCAAGAUACUAUCAAAUACCAUUGUACGGAUUGUGAUGUUACCAUAAUGCGCAAGGAUAAUAUGUUGAGGCAUAUACGCACAAUUCAUCCAGAAAAGAGCUUUGAAAAUUGUGUGAAGAUAACACUACCAACCCAUAACAGCUCCAAUUCGCACGAAAAAAUUGAGGCAGGAGACCUUUCCACAAAUAUGACAGCUGUUGUAGAACCACAGACUGUCGAGAACAGCGCCGUCAUCAAAUGCAUUGGAAAUGUUGCGCCAAUGAAAGUUCCAACUUGUCAGAUUUCCCUUGAUAACAUCCAGGAAUUGAAUAUUGACCCCACUGAAGUGGAUGUUAAUACCAAGGCAAUCACGAAUGACUCAACUCUUACGACAUUGCAAAACGUGACAUUGAAUGCUGGUACUGACACAAAUGGAAGCUCUAAAAAAAUGAAAGUCAAAAAGAAGUAUGACCCAAUCAAAAUGUAUCGUAAGAUUUUGGCCUCGGACUGUGAGGAUGAAAGCGAAAGUGAGAGAGAAGAAACAUACGUCAAGCAAAAAACCGCUGAUAACUUGGUUGCCAGUGUUGAUAUGGCACCGUCAUUAGAAAGGCGUGUGGCGCUUAGUACGUCAAAUUUCAGCGAGAUGCACUGGCGCAAAAACUUUAAAUAUACGUAUGAAUAUCAGGACUUUUAAAUUGUCGCAUGAUUUUUAGGCAGAACAAUGUUCAGGUCUAUCACAGAAUCUAUCAUAAUCCGAUUUUUUCGUGAAAUAUACGAAAAUGCCAUCACUGAAUUUGAAUAGCUACUUUUAAAACAAACGUUAGUUCCAAAUCGGUGAUCGCAUUUUCGAAGAUUUCACCAAAAAUCGGACUACGAUGGAUUCUGUGAUAGCCACCGUUAUAUUCCAUACUCAUACUUACAUAUGUACAUAUGUAUGUAUGUAUAUUCAAAUAGCAAUAUUAUUGCUCUUUUAUAUUCUUUACAAUAACAACUCAACGCAUGCGAAUAA